GUGGUCGCCCCGCCCACCGGCCUUACAUCACCACCCCUCUCGCCGCUUUCCAGCGCGCACAUUGGGUGUAAGCAAGAAAGAGCCCCGCCCCUAGUCUUAUGACUCGCGCUGAAGCGGCGAGUCCUGGCUUUUGCAGGGUUGUGGUCGGUGGUCACUGGUGCUCGCGCCCCAGGUCCAGCAAGCCUUUUCCCCGGUGGUGCUGCUCUUGUUGCCACCGCCGCCGCCGCCGCCGCCGCCGCCCCCCCCAGUUCUGCGGGAUCAUGGUGUGCCUCCGCCUCUCCCCGGUUCCAGGCUUGGGGCUCGUUCUGUUCUGCCUUGUCCUGGGAGUUGUCCGGUGUCAUGCAUUGGAACUUAAUUUGACAGAUUCAGGAAAAGCCACUUGCCUUUAUGCAAAAUGGCAUAUGAAUUUCACAAUACAGUAUGAAACUACAAACAAAACUUCUAAAACUGUAACCAUUUCAGACCUUGGCCCUGUGACAUAUAAUGGAAGCAUGUGCGGGGAUGAUCAGAACGGUCCUAAAAUAGCAGUUCAGUUUGGAUCUGGUAUUUCCUGGAUGGUGAAUUUUACCACGGUGUCAUCGUCAUCUUCUUAUUCAAUUGACAGCAUCUCAUUUUCCUACAAUACUAGUAAUAGAGCAACAUUUCCUGAUGCCGAAGAUAAAGGAAUUGUUCCUGUUUAUGAACCUCUGGCAAUCAAAAUUCCAUUGAAUGUCAUCUUUAGAUGCAAUAGUUUAUUAACUUUAGAAAACAACAAUGUCCUCCAGCGCUAUUGGGAUGUUCAUGUACAAGCUUUUGUCCAAAAUGGCACAGUGAGCACAGAAGAGCAUCUGUGUGACGCAGACAAAACUUCAACAACAGUAACACCCAUCAUUCACACCACUGUUCCAUCUCCUACCACAAAACCCACUCCAGUGGAAAAACCAGAGAUUGGAAAAUAUAAGGUUAACAAUACCAAUGGCACUUGUCUACUGGCUACCAUGAGGCUGCAGCUGAACAUCACUCAGGAUAAGGUUGCUUCGGUUUUUAACAUUAAGCCCAAUUCAACUGAUUUCACAGGCAGUUGCCAUCCUGACACUGCUCUACUUAGGCUGAAUAGCAGCACCAUUAGGUAUCUUGAGUUUGUCUUUGCCGUGAAAAAUGAAAACCGAUUCUUUCUGAAGGAAGUGAAUGUCAGCAUGUAUUUGGUUAAUGGCUCUGUUUUCAGCAUUGCAAAUGAUAAUCUCAGCUACUGGGAUGCCCCCCUGGGAAGUUCUUACAUGUGCAACAAAGAGCAGACUAUUUCAGUGUCUGGAGCAUUUCAGAUAAAUACCUUUGAUCUAAGAGUUCAGCCUUUUAAUGUGACAGAAGGAAACUAUUCUACAGCCCAGGAGUGUUCGCUGGAUGAUGACACCAUUCUAAUACCAAUUAUAGUUGGUGCUGGUCUUUCAGGCUUGAUUAUCGUUAUAGUGAUUGCUUACCUAAUUGGCAGAAGAAAAAGUUAUGCUGGAUAUCAAACUCUGUAACACUAAUCCAUAUGUGAUCUCUGUUACAAAAUAAUAAAGCAAAUACAAGUUCCAACAUGCAAUAUUGUUCAAUUUAAGGUAUAUUUAGUUGCAGUCCUGCUCUUACAAUGGGUGGUAUGGGGGAUUUUGAACUUAAAAAACCCUGCAAAACUAUAAGUUACAAAUUAGUCAUGUGAUUUUUGGUUUCCCCAACCAAGGAAUUUAAAACUUUUAUUUCUACAGCAAAAGACAAGUACAAAAUCACCAGAUAAUAGAUUCUAUUUUAUUGUUCUGAAUUAGUAUUUCAGUGUUUUCAUUUUAGAUAUUCUGACUAGAAAUAUACAGUUUAGGAAAAAUGAUUUUUAAAAAGAGAUUUUUUCCCCCUACAUGUAGUUGAGUUGGGACAACAUAUUCUACAUUGGAUUUGUACUUGCUCCUUUUGCAUAUUUUGGGGGGUAUUUUUGUUUGCAGGUUAAUUUAGCUACUUCAGCAUUGCUGCAUAUUUGACCUGUGAGAGAUAUGCUAGUAGAUUUGAACAUGGCCUCGUAUUAUGAUGUUCUUAGCAAUGAAUACUUUUCUAAUGCUUUUUCAAUACAUUUGUAUUUAAUGUGACUGUAAUGACAAAAGAUACAAAAGCUUUUUAAAUUUCAGAAUAAGUGUUAAUCAUAUUGUUUAAUACUUUAAAAAACUGGGUAUUUCAAUCUUUUAAAUUGUAAGAUACAAGACUAUUCCAACUGGGCAUUUCAAUCCAUUUUUUAGGUGCUUUAGAGAUAAUUGCUAGGCAGUGCCAAUUGAGGGGCAUUAGUCCUUUGUACCCAUAAAUUGGCCUCUCCAUGCAGUACUAAAAUGAAUGCAGAUUUUUCUUUAGCCUUCCAGUAUUCUUUGUUGGUAGUAAUGCAUUUUAUUUUUCUUUUCUUUUUCUUAAAGAAGAAAUGCCAGUAUGUCCUAGAACCUAGAUAAAGAAGUGCACUUACACUUACAAAAUAACUUGCACCUAACCCAGAAGUCUUGGUCUUCUCUUAGUCCAUUAAAAAGUUGUUCUUUGUUUCCAGCUUGCAUUGAUUGCCACAACAUUUACUAAUUUGGCUUUCACAUUUAAAUGGUUCUGUGCUAAUCAAAGCUGACAUUGUUAUUGUUCAUUAUGAUGAAAUCAUUAUUAAUUCAUGUACUUAGUAUUCAGUUCUGUGCUCUGAGAGACGCACCAAUUGUCCAUUUACUGUGUACCACCUGAUAUUUAUAGGAGAAAGCAAAACAUUUCAGCUUGAUAGUUAACACAUCAAGUAUUUCUUUCUGCUUCUAGGAGAACUUUUUUUUUGUAUUGGAAUGGCUGAGCAAAUUUCAAGAAAUUAUUAAUAUGCAACCAUAUAUGGAAGAUUCCUGUGGGUUUUUUUGGGGGGGAUUAUGUGCCUCCCAUUCACUAGAAAUUGAGAAAAUAUCUGGGUUUCAAAAUACUGAUGUUGACUACAUCAAUAUACACACACACAUGCACACGGGCAUGCAUAUACAUGCACAUAUAGGCAAUUGCAUGCUAGCAUGUGUAUGUCUAUAACUAUCUUUCUAGUUAUAUUCGAGUGAUAAAUAUUUUCUCUCACUUAAAUUUGCUCUCUGUUAGCCUGAAAAUCUUACUGACUCAGGAUCAGAUUCCUGAUUAACCCCUUUCUUAGAGCUACAUUCUGCUGGAUUGCCAGCUUAAAAGCACUUCUUAAAUACUAAAUAUAAAUCUGAUUUUAAUUAUUUUUUAUUUAAACUGUGUUUCAGGGUAAAAUUGUUAACCUUAUAAGAAUGAAUUAUAAGAACUUGGGCCUUAGAUACUCCUGAUGAGUCAAAACAAAGCAGCUUUUUUUAAAAAAUAAAAAUUGGAAGCACAAGUGGAUGGCACUGGCUUAAUGCUGUUAAUGUUUCUAAAAAUUUCUACAUUUAGUUUAUAUGCCUGAUUCAUAUUAAAAUACCUCUAAUAAGCACUGUUUUAUAGAAAAUCUGACUUCGGUGAAUAUUUUUGUAUUUUACAUGGGCCAGUUUAUAUACUGCCAUUUACACCAUUAUUUGCUGUAGCCACAUAUUCUUUAUACCUUUUGUAGUUUUAUUUGUUUUACUGGGUUUACACCUUGAUGGUAGCACUCUAUUUGGUUUUGGGUGUUGUUUAUGUUUUAGCAUUUGUAUAAAGAAACUGGUCCAUGUAAAUACUUUCCAUGUUUUUUCCUCAAAUGUUUAAAGCACUAGUUGAUGUAUGGUAUCUCUCUUUAGAUAUUUGUCUGUCUGUUUACUCAACCUUGCUUCUAAAACAAUAAAGAUUCUUUUAUUUCUUAA